UGGGGGUCCCGAUGCCUCCGGGCCCCCUCUCCUGAGACCAGCCACCAGCGCCCGCACUCGGGGCAGGCGACAGGGACGAUCGUGGGCCGGAGAGCGCCCAGAAGGCCCGGGCCCACCAUGGCCCCGGCCCUGCCCUGGCUCCUGCUGUGGGUGGGCUGGGGCGUGCUGCCUGCGCACGGCACCCAGCGGGGCAUCCGGCUGCCCCUGCGCAGCGGCCUGGCCGGGGCUCCGCUCGGGCUGCGGCUGCCCCGGGACACCGACGAGGAGCCCGAGGAGCCCGGGCCGAGGGGCAGCUUUGUGGAGAUGGUGGACAACCUGAGGGGCAAGUCUGGCCAAGGCUACUACGUGGAGAUGACCGUGGGCAGCCCCCCGCAGACGCUCAACAUCCUGGUGGACACAGGCAGCAGUAACUUUGCAGUGGGCGCAGCCCCUCACCCUUUCCUGCAUCGCUACUACCAGAGACAGUUGUCCAGCACAUACAGGGAUCUCCGGAAGGGUGUCUAUGUGCCCUACACCCAAGGAAAGUGGGAGGGAGAGCUGGGCACCGACCUGGUGAGCAUCCCUCAUGGUCCCAACGUCACUGUGCGUGCCAACAUCGCUGCCAUCACUGAAUCGGAUAAGUUCUUCAUCAAUGGCUCCAACUGGGAAGGCAUCCUGGGACUGGCCUAUGCUGAGAUUGCCAGGCCUGAUGACUCCCUGGAGCCCUUUUUUGACUCCUUGGUAAAGCAAACCCACGUUCCCAACCUCUUCUCCCUGCAGCUCUGUGGCGCAGGCUUCCCACUCAACCAGUCUGAGGUGCUGGCUUCAGUCGGAGGGAGCAUGAUCAUCGGGGGCAUUGACCAUUCACUGUACACGGGGAGUCUCUGGUACACACCCAUCCGGCGGGAAUGGUAUUAUGAGGUGAUCAUUGUACGGGUAGAAAUCAAUGGACAAGACCUGAAAAUGGACUGCAAGGAGUACAACUAUGACAAGAGCAUUGUGGACAGUGGUACCACCAACCUUCGUUUGCCCAAGAAAGUGUUUGAAGCUGCAGUCAAGUCCAUCAAGGCAGCCUCCUCGACAGAGAAGUUCCCAGAUGGGUUUUGGCUAGGGGAGCAGCUGGUAUGCUGGCAAGCAGGCACCACGCCUUGGAACAUCUUCCCGGUCAUCUCACUCUACCUCAUGGGUGAGGUCACCAAUCAGUCCUUCCGCAUCACCAUCCUUCCACAGCAAUACCUGCGGCCAGUGGAAGAUGUGGCCACGUCCCAAGACGACUGUUACAAGUUUGCCAUCUCACAGUCAUCUACAGGCACUGUCAUGGGGGCCGUCAUCAUGGAGGGCUUCUAUGUUGUCUUUGAUCGGGCCCGAAAACGAAUUGGCUUUGCAGUCAGUGCUUGCCAUGUGCACGAUGAGUUCAGGACAGCGGCGGUUGAAGGCCCUUUUGUCACCCCUGACAUGGAAGACUGUGGCUACAACAUUCCACAGACAGAUGAGUCAACCCUCAUGACCAUAGCCUAUGUCAUGGCUGCCAUCUGUGCCCUCUUCAUGCUGCCACUCUGCCUCAUGGUGUGCCAGUGGCGUUGCCUCCGCUGCUUGCGCCAUCAGCACGAUGACUUUGCUGAUGACAUCUCCCUGCUGAAGUGAGGAGGCCCGAAGGUGGAAGACAGAAAUCGCCCAGGACCACAUCUGGGUGGUUCGCCUUGGUCACAAGUCAGGGAGACACAGGUGGCCCUAAGGACCCUCAACCACCCACCAAAUGCCUCUGCCUUGAGGGAAGAAAAGGGCCACAGGGGGAUUCCAGGGCUUGCACCUGUAGGAAACGGAAGGGAAGCAGCAGCACACUGCUAGCGGGAAUGCUUUCGGUCACCUCAAACUCCACUUGGGAAAUUCUGCUGCUUAAACUUUUAGUGCUGAACUUUUGCCCACCAUCCCUUUAGGUUUUCCAACCCAAAGUGUUCUUUCCUUAUGUCUGGAAGUACUUGCAUCGUGCCCAGGCCAUCCUAGUGUCUCUGUGGUACCCUGGCAGAGAGAGGGCCAACUUCAUUUUUCUGCUGACCUAAGUGAAAAGAUGCAGUUUGAUAUUUGUUUUAGAGAUAGGGCCUGCAGAAAUAAGCCUACACUGGUGCAAAGACUGUUCCUGAAUUAAACAAAGAACAAUGGGAUGGAAUAUUUGUACUUAUGGGGGUGGUCAGAAAGAAAAGCUGGAGGCAUGGCUCAGUGGUAGAGCACCUGCCUAGCAAGUGGAAUUCUAACAGUUACCACCACCACCACCACCACCCCCCCAAAAAAAAAUAAAAGGAGAAAGGAGAAUAGAAUAAAAAAGACAAGAAGCAGUUGAAAUGAAAAGCUAGAAAAGGCAGGAACACAACAAUUGCCAACCCCAGUUUUAGACCUCAUCUCCAAGACACAACUCCACCUCCUAAGAUGGUGUGGUUCCCCCAGUGUUUAGUGGUAGAAGUGAGAUGGGAAGAAGGCUGACACAAGCCAAAGAGAUCUCUUCAGUGAAAAGUACCCACAAGGAAGUUCACAUAAAUGAAUUCCUACCCUAUUAAUCCCACUUGUCUCUGCUUACACCCUUCCUUUCAGGUAUGAUAGUGGCAUUGAGACAUCCCAACCACCAGAGCCCAGUUCCCUGUAGGAGAGCACUUGGAAUGUAGCAGGGCAGGGCGGACACUGUCUUCCUGAUCAAAGGCUCACUCCCCCCACCCCCCCCCCCCCAAAUGAUGGCUCUUGAGCUUUGUAGCCGAGGUGCUAAAGCUAUAGAAAGGAGGCCUUUCCUACCUAAUCCUAGUGAACCUUGAAGAUUCAUUCAACAGGUACAGGGUUCAUACCUAUAACCUCUACCUGGAUUUCUUCUGAUUAGUGGUACCAAGUGGUAAGACCUUUAACCCAGUACUGAGCAGUUUCACUGCUUUCUCUCCCUAAUGGCCCUACAUUUAUUUGGCUUAUGCAUUCACACACUGACUAGUAUUGCACCAUGAAUGUACAGAAUAGAAGGCUUUCUCCCUUGGUCUUCAAUAUCAAGGGGACUUGGAGUAAGAACAGGAGCCUCAAAAAGCUUCCUGUUUUCCUUCUCCAUCUUUCCCCACUGAAGGCCACCCUCUUCCCCUAUCCUGUUCUCUGUUCCCCACUCCCAGUAGUACAUGGGUACCCAGGCUGGUUCUUGGGCAAGGUCGUGGGGCCACGUUCACUUCCUCUGUCAGUUCAAAUACCAUGGUUCGUGUGAGUGGGAAGGUAGCUGUUGCAUAGCCUGUUCCUAUCUGGUCUGCACAAUGCUUCCAGGUAGGGCACCUGCCAAGGCAGAGGGAAAUGUAAGGAGGGCCUCUGGAGUUGCUGGUCUGAGCCAGCUGCCCACAAGCCAUAAACCAAUAAAACAAGAAUACUGAGUCACAGUUUUUAUCCGGUUCUCUUCAUUCCCACUGCACUUGGUGCUGCUUGACUGAUUGGGAACUCCCCAUGACUCUAAAAACGAACAGGAAGACUGAAAACUUGUCCACUUCCAGUUCAGACUUACAGUGUAAAUCACCUAGAACUGCUGCAGGAAGAAAAUGACACAUUCUGCUUUAUAGUUCAUACCUAUGUCGGAGAAAACUGGCUCUUUCCAGGCAUAAAUCUCAACCUAAACAUUAGUAACUCUUGUUGAUCUAUUGUUUGUGACUUGUUUUGUUCUU